GCCGGCGACAGGGGAAUGAGGGUGGGGUCGAAUGUACGACGAGGCACCGUGUCCUGUAAUGCCUGCCAAUACAGGGUGGAUCUGCCUGGGAGAGGGACGGGAACGGAAGACGAGGCAGGGCAAAGCCGGAGCUAGGCACGGGCAGCAGAUCUGCCAUACACUUGUGCCAGUGAAAGGAUCGGGCACCACUGACAACAGAGAGCGCCUCCGAGGGCGUUUACAACAGCCCGCCCGACCGUCUGCCUGCGAUCCGCACAUGUGCCACGGCUGAGAAUUAACGGGAGACAAGGCCCAAGAAAGCCCUGCGCUUUUCCUGUUGGAGGUAAACCACGAAGAGAGGCUCCGACACCAGACCCGUUCGUCAGUUACAGUACGGAGUCACCACAAAGCCGCCCCCUGGGGGAAUAGCUGAGCAUGACAGAGUAGUGGAUUCGAUAAUUUAGACAACCCCCAAUAUUGAUUAAAGGAAGAAGAUGAAGUGAAUGAAUAAAUGAAUGGCCAUAGUAUGAAUCACACCAAGGAGUCCUUUUGGCUUGGAAAAACAAAAUCAGCCUUUCACACUUUUCUUUAAUAUAACGGAGUGUGUGGAUGCUGUGGGGCACUAAGACCCCGGUAUAAAAGACUAGUAGAUAACAUCUUUCCAGAAGAUCCAGAGGACGGUCUUGUUAAAGCCAACAUGGAAAAACUGACUUUCUAUGCUCUUUCUGCACCGGAAAAAUUAGACCGCAUUGGUGCCUACCUUUCUGAGAGACUUUCAAGGGAUGUAGCUAGGCACCGGUAUGGAUAUGUUUGCAUUGCUAUGGAGGCUCUGGACCAACUGCUAAUGGCCUGCCAUUGCCAAAGUAUCAACCUGUUCGUAGAGAGUUUUCUAAAAAUGGUGCGCAAGCUGCUAGAAGCUGAUAAACCCAGCCUGCAAAUUCUGGGUACCAACUCUUUUGUGAAAUUUGCAAAUAUAGAAGAAGACACUCCUUCCUACCACAGAAGCUAUGAUUUCUUUGUCUCAAGAUUUAGUGAAAUGUGCCGAUCUAACUUUGAAGACCCUGACAUUCGUACCAAGAUCCGAAUGGCUGGUAUCAAAGGCUUGCAGGGGGUGGUCCGGAAGACAGUCAAUGAUGAGCUGCAGGCCAAUAUCUGGGAUCCACAGCAUAUGGACAAAAUUGUACCCUCGCUUCUUUUUAAUCUUCAGCAAGGAGAAGGAACUGAUAGCCGGUCUCCUUCUCCUCUACAGUCAUCAGAAAAGGAGAAAGAGAGUCCUGCUGAACUGACAGAACGUUGCUUCAGAGAACUGCUUGGUCGUGCUGCCUAUGGAAAUAUUAAAAAUGCAGUCAAACCAGUUCUUAUGCACCUGGAUAAUCACUCAUUAUGGGAGGGAAAAUCAUUUGCUGUCCGCUGCUUCAAAAUUAUUAUGUACUCCAUACAGUCCCAGCAUUCACAUCUGGUAAUCCAGCAGCUCCUUGGGCAUCUUGAUGCAAACAGCAAGAAUUCUGCCAUAGUUCGUGCUGGCAUAGUGGAAGUUCUAUCAGAAGCAGCUGUUAUUGCUGCAAGUGGCUCUGUUGGUCCAACAGUGUUAGAGGUGUUCAACACUCUUCUUAGACAGUUGCGCCUUAGCAUCGACUAUGAGCUCACAGGUUCUUAUGACCCUUGCCUUACUACUGGGUCCAAGAUAAUUAAGGAACAUGAAGAACGUCAGUUUCAGGAAGCCAUUAUCAAAACUAUUGGAUCCUUUGCCAAUACUCUUCCUGUAUACCAGAGGUCAGAAGUUAUGCUUUUUAUCAUUGGAAAAAUUCCUGUACCAGGAAUCCAUCCAACACUGAGCUCAGCCAACUCAGGGUUUGAAGGGAGCAGAAUGAUCCAAGUAAUGUUACUGAAGUCACUUCUACAGGUGACGUCAGGCUUUCAGACAACUAAUAUGCUCACUGCACUUCCUAGCUCUUUCCUGGACCCACUUCUGUCAGUCACACUUAUGGAAGAUGCUGAAAUACGUCUUCUGGUGCUGGAAAUUCUUGUCAGUCUUAUUGAUCGGCAUGAUAAUCGACCUAAGUUUUCAUCUAUUAGUAUUAUUUCAGAUAUUUCUUUUCUAAAAUUGAAGGUGGAGAAGUGCUCCAGGCAGGAUAACCUUUUUAUGAAAAAGCAUUCACAGCAGCUGUAUCGUCACAUCUUUCUCUCGUGCAAGGAGGAAAACAGUAGUCAUCCACAUUUUGAGAUCCUUUACACCUUGUUAGCUCUCAUUAGCAUGGAGCUUGCAAACGAAGAAGUGGUUGUUGAUCUCAUCAGGCUGGCAUUAGCAUUGCAGGACCUGGCUAUUGCAAAUGAAGAGAGCCUUCCUAUAUACAAUCGUUGUGCUAUUCAUGCACUUUCUGCUGCAUAUUUAAAUCUGAUUAGCCAGCUGACUGCUGUUCCUGCCUUCUGCCAACACAUUCAUGAAGUGAUUGAGACUCGUAAGAAGGAAGCACCGUAUAUGUUACCUGAAGAUGUGUUUAUAGAGAAGCCCAGGGUACCAAAAUCCUUGGACAAACUGGAAGGAAGUAUGCUGUUUUUGCAAAGCAAAAUUAGCGAGGUACUUGGAGGAAGUGGAUACAAUGCAGACAGGCUUACCACGCCAUACAUACCACAAUUUACAGAUGAGGACCGACUGUCUAAAAGAAAAAGUAUUGGGGAGACAAUCUCCUUGCAAGUGGAGGUUGAAUCCAGAAACAGUCCUGAAAAGGAAGAGAAAACACCAGCGGAGGAAAUUACAUUUGAAACUCUGAAAAAAGCCAUUAUUGACAGUGUGGGCAUGGAAGAGCAAGAAAGAGAAAGGCGGAGGCAGGUUGUGGAGAAGUUUCAGAAAGCCCCUUUUGAAGAGAUUGCAGCUCACUGUGGAGAACGGGCAACCUUGCUACAGAAGAAACUUAAUCAGAUUUUUGAAAUAACUAUCAGGCCUCCACCAAGUCCAUCAGGCACCAUCACAGCAGGAUAUGGACAGACACAGAGCCGAUCUGUUCCAGUGUAUGAAAUGAAGUUCCCUGACCUCUGUGUGUAUUAGCUGUCACACACCUAAGUCCAUGAAGAUUAAAGUAAAAGCAUGUGUCAUUGUGUUUAAACAACAACAACACCAGGAAUCUUCAUUUUCUUGCAGGAUUUCAAAUGAUAGCCAGAUUUUUUGCCAGUAUGCAUUUUGCUGUGUUGGCAUAAUGUUUCACAUUCAUUUGAAUGCACUUUGAAAUUUACAGGACUUUGGGUAAAAGUCUGAAUUUUAUUAGUUACUUUAAGAUCUAGAUAACCAUUUUCAGAUUCUAGUCAACCCCUAUUUGUUGUUUGAGAAAUCAAUCCAGCAACAGUAAAAUGACCUCCAUCAGUUCAAAAGGAAAUGUAUGAGAUGAAGGUUUCAUUUGACCUUUUUUGUCUUUGCAAAGCAUUGAGCUGUCAGUUGACACAUUUUGCAUUUUGGAAUUUUGCACUAAUAUAGGGGCAAGUUUAGAGUUCUUCCUGGACUUUCCCAAGCUAUGUUUCUGUAAUCAGUUACUGAAUGUUUGGUGUUCAUUUAUAAAGUACUGUUCUUAUUUAAAUGUUUAGCUGACAUGAAUUGAGAAAUAUAACCUGCUUGUGACUAAGGGAUGAUUUUAGCAUUCUAGUUUUGGUUUUGAAAUUCAACUGUCCAGUGUACGUCUUGAUGUAUAGGUAAAAGAUUACUGAUAGAUGUCUUUCAGCCAUGAGCUGUUCAAUGAAUGUUGUACAGUAAUCAUCUAAUGAUAUUUCAGUAUUACAUCUCAUACUGUAUAUUGUUUAAAUCAGAUACUUGUUAAUUUAAAGUUUUCAAGACGUCAAGUUUAAUGCUGUAUACCACAAUUAGUAUGAAUGUAUUGUUGCCUGCUUUUAUAUAAGGUGCUGUACUAUUUUGUACCUAAUAUUUACAGCCAUAGAUGUUAAUUUCUUGUCAAGUGCAGGCUACUUUAGCUGAUUUCCUAAUGUAAAUCUAGAUGUCACUGGGGGUUGACUUAUUUUUGUAUUUAUUUAAAGUGCAUGACACUCCUCAUCCUCCCCCGGCAGUUAGUAAUUACUUUUUCAUCGAGUUAACUUUUGAGCUAUUUUCAAUGUUUUCUUAAGUGGUUCUUGGGUGUUGUGCAACCCUCAUAAAACAUUAAUACAAAAAUUAUCCUGCAGAGAUUGAGGGCUAACACUACCUAGUGCUUCAUGCACAACAUGUUUUUAAAGCAACAUUUUUUUAAAUAACAUAAAUAAGUUAUUGAGGCAGAGCUGUAGAUGGAAAAAGAUAAUAGGGAAUAUAUAAAUUAAUCACCCUGUUGUAUAACGCAUAAUAAGAUGCAUAUACUGUAUAUAGUUACUAAUAGAUGAUACUAAAAAUAUUUAUUUUUGACAAAUUUAAAUAAAAUAAGAGCACAUCAAACACUUCCUGUGAAAAAAACAAAUUGAGGUAGGCAGACAUUGAAAACACAGUUUGAGCUGGUAUUCUUUAAUGUACUUAAUGUGAAAGCCUGUUAAGUUAGCAGUGAUGGCAUAAUAAUUAAAUGGAAAUGUGUUAAUGGUUUUUCAAAAUCUUUCUGUGGCUGUGUUUGAACUAUGCAUUCUGAGGAGUGUGCAUGCAUGCAAAUGUUUGCCAUAUGCACAUCUUUGGAUUCAUUCCACAAGCCAAACAUAAACUAAUAUGACAAUCGUAUCAUUUUUCUACCUGCAGUUUUAAUUAUGUAGGAAGCUUUGAUGCAAAAUAUUAAUAAUGAGAAAUAUGCUACAUUUUUUUAGAUUUUUUAUAUAUUCGUAAACAAAAUUUUCUGAAAAUAUAAGCUGUGAAUUUUAUUUAGUUUGCAGGAUAUUAACAAGGCACACAAAUGUAUAUCUACAAUGUCAUCUAUAAAGAUCUCUGGGAUGUUAAAGUGUUGUAUUUCUAUGUCUUUACCUAUUAUACAAAACUCUAUAGUUGAUAAUGGAAAUGUGCUCAAACUGUCAGAACUGAAUUUUGUAUCUUGAUGAGAAAUACAUUUGUAUUGUUAAAAACGUAUGAGCUGUACUUAGUCACCGUAGACAAGUCUGCCUGCCAUUAUUUUUUCUAAAAUGGAGAUUAUUCUUUUAUGAAAUGAAAAGACUAAGAGCACUUAUACAUAUUUAUGACUAUAAGUAUAGUAACAGUAAAGUAGGUAACCUUAUAACGAUUAUAUACACAAACACACAAUUCAGGGUAAUUGAAUUUUGAAAUAGUAUCAGUCUGAAUGUUUAAAUAUAAACAUGUCAUGGUAACAUAAAUCUACAUUAAGAUAAUGUUAUGGUGUAGCCAGUCGACAGUGGAGGAGUUGGAAUAUAAAAAUGCCUGUUAACAGCAGUAUUGACAAUAUUUUUCACAUUUCAUAAAGAAGAAUGUAGUUAUUUUAGACUGUCACCACAUCCAAGCCAAAGACUUUAAAACCCAUAUUAUUUAUAGCGUAUGAGGAAUUGAUUGAUAUGACCAAAAUGGGCUUUCGUCUGAUUGGAGGACAUGCAGCACUUUCUGGAUGUCACUAUCAGGUUUCAUAAAUGUUUUUGGAUGCUUAUGCUUGAUUGUUUCAUGCACUAAAAUGUGCAUCAGCAGUCAGUGCAACACUAGUGUUACAGGGGAAAAGGAAUCUUGUAAACUUUAAAAGUUUUUUUAAAUAUUGAAAUACAAAAAUAUUUGGCAUAUGUCUAUAAUUUAUUUAUACAUUUACACAUUUAUAUCUCAGAGUUCUUUUUUGAUGACCCAUCUCUAUUUUUUUUCCUAAUAAUCCUACGGUUUAAAGAUAACUAGAGGUAGGAUCCUCUUGUUUUUGCUGAAGUAUUAAUUUGUUUGUCCACGGAGAAAAGUUAUAUGUGUAACAUUAUUAAUUAGUUGUCAUAAUCUCUACUUCUUUAUCUUACAAUGAGUUUAUUACGUAACUUUUUUUAUGCAUAUCAGUAAACUUUUUUUAAAGUAAUAGAACUAUUAUUAUUAUUAUUGUUAUUAUUAUAUUCAAUAUUAAGUUACAAAUUAAUUUGUACAGUUUAUGUGACUCUGUUGGUACUAUAGACCUACUAUACUCAGAAGGCUGAAUAAUUAAAUUUCAUAUAUCAGUACCUGAACAGCUCUGGUGCCAGUUUAUUUGAUACAAACCACAUUUUAUGAAGCCUGAGGAAGGAAAACAUUCAACAUGAGUCUUACAAUAUAUCCUUUGCACUGGGUUAUAACAGGUUUCUUUUAGAGUAGCACUUUAAAACUGUCUCCCUGUUAUUUUUAUUUUUUUUUUUUGUAGUAUGUGAAAUGAUGUUUAUUAGAUGCCUCUGUAUAUUUUGUAUUUUUUUUAUAGAUUUUGAGUAUGCUUUGAGCAAGAUACUUUACGUACCUGUUGCUAAUCUAAAAACCUACAAUAAUGAAGAAUUCUACAUUUGUUAGUAAUUAUUUGUGGAAAAUAGAAUAUCAUUAAAGUAACUUCAACAAAACACCGUCAAUCAUAUAAUGUGUCCUUAUACCUAAUGUACACAACAUGGCAGUGUUUGUUUUUCAAUAUUCACAUUGCUGACACGGUGGUAGUGUGGGCAAUACUGCUGCUGCCACUUCAUUGCUCCAGUGGCCAGUGUUAGGUCUAUGUGGAGUUUGCAUGUUCUCCCCAUAUUUGUAUCGCUGUUAAUUACUGAUGACUGAGUGCUGGUGCAUGCUUGAGUAUGUGUAAGUGUUCACUCUGCUUUCUACCUAGAGUCGCUGGGUUACGUUUCAACUCCCUGUAAUGAAGUAUGUAGGUUCAGAAAAUUAGUUUUCAGUUUUUCCCAUUUUUAGAGUGCCCAGUGAUGGCCUGUCUUCUGUGUUGUUGGAAUUAGUUACAGCAGGGUCUGGAUGUUGGCAAUCU